AGCGCAAGGCCAUUCGAAUAUUUUUGGGUGUCACCUCCACCACCUCCCCGGGCUGCAGCAGCCAGAUACAACAUUCAGGAGCAGAGACACUGCAGCCGGAGCAGCAGCACAAGCAGCAGCAGCAACAACAGCACAGGCACCAACAGCUGCAGCACAAGCAGCCGCAGCAGCAGUGCAAGCAGCAGCAGCAGCAGCACAAGCAGCCGCAGCAACAGCACAAGCAGCAGCAGCAGCGCAAGCAGCAGCAGCAGCAGCAGCAGCAGCACAAGCAGCCGCAGCAGCAGCAGCAGCAGCAGCAGGAGGAAGAGUAA